UUUUUAUAUAUUCUAAUCUAUUACUUAAAAGCUACCAACCAAAAUGGUUAUAUCAGAUGCAGAUCAAUACCGUCAGUUUCUAAAUAGCCUCCACCGUGAUGAAUCUCGACCGGCUGCUCUAAAUGACAUCAAAAACUUACUUUCGUUGAAGCCUGCAAAUGAAAUUUCAGCCGUGAUCAGAGAUGUUGGAAUCAAAGAGAUAGUUCAGUGUCUUAGUGUACCAGACAAGACUCAAUUCCAUUUAACAUGUGAUGUGCUAAAGCUGUGCUGUGAGAAGUUUGAGCUCGGCGGCAUCAUCAGAAAUUACACUGGCCAUUUUAUGUUCAUGUUGAGACAUGAAAAGACCUGUGUUCGGCAGAUUGCGGUUGAUGAGGUGACAAAAGUGGUAACAUCUGACCCAUCACUACUGCCAGUCCCGCAGUACAUUGACGUGUUUGUGGCAGUAGCACAGCAGAUUCUAGACAAAGAUGUGUCCAUUACCAACAAAGCCAUCCUUGUGACGUCCAACCUGGCCUACGAAGCUUACCCGAAAGUCUUGGAAGAAAUGAAAAUCGCACUUGAGUAUGACAGCAGCUGUAAAUGUAAUGCUUUUGAGGUGGUUGUCAACGUCGCCUCAAAGUCACCAGAGUUGCUCAAACUCUGCGCUGACCACCAAUACUUCGACGUAAUGGUAUCCGAGCUGGAAACAAAUGAUGUCCUAUACCAGUUGAAUAUAUUAGAGUUGAUGUCCCGUCUGGCGGUCGCUCCGCAUGGGAUCAACCAUUUUGUGAAAACGGGCGUGUUGAAGAGAGUCAGCGAGCUGGUGGCUGCGCUUCCUAAUAAUCCUCUGAGCGCGUUACUUACACCAGGCUACAUGAAAUUCUUCGGCACGGUCGCCCAUAAAUACCCGCAGGAAAUAUUCACGAAAUACCCUGUCCUGAUGAAUAUGAUGUUCGACACGUUCGCAAGCCAGGACCAAGCCACACUGCCCAUAGCGUUGGAUACGUUGGGUUUCAUUGGAUCCACUAUUGAGGGGAAACUGAGUUUGGCUGCUUUGGGUAGCCUGUACACCCAAGGCAUUAACGCCGUCGCGCAGCUAAUACGAAACGCCGCAACAGAAAUCAAAGUCCGCGCCCUACAUUGCUUCGCGAGCCUCAUCGGCAUCGACUUCGGUUCACCAUUACCACGCCCCAUUGACCAUAGGGUCACUCUCAUGACCAGAGAAUGGUUCAGGACCUUAAGCCAGUCACCUAUGGUUACAUUGUUGGAGUUGUGUAAAAAUCCGUUCCCGGAUAUAAGGUCGGCUGCCUUUACGGUGUUGGAUGCGGUGUGUCAACAUCAGUGGGGUGAGGAGUUGGUUGCACGGACUGCAGGUUUUAUUGAAUAUCUACUCGACCGUUCAGUGACCUAUCCAAAGGAGUUGAAAGAAGUAAAAUAUGACAUCAUUAAAAGGCUUUCUAAUUCACUUGCGUUUGAUGAUAGUAUUAUUUUAAGACUGCAGGUGUAUGUGCAACAAGGUCCAUUUUAUCCUGAAACCGAAAUGCAAGUCGCUACUGAGGAAGGAGAUUAAAUUUGGAGGAUUUUAAUUAAUAAUAUAUUUUUGUAAAGAAAAAUGUUUUAUUCUUCAUUAAACACAUUAUAAAAUUA